CCUCCUCUUCCGUUUGUCUAUCAACUAGCAAUGGCUCCCAUCAACAAGAAGUCCAAGAAGACCGCCGAGUCUAUCAACUCCCGUCUCCAGCUCGUCACCAAGUCUGGCAAGUACACUCUUGGUUACAAGUCUACCUUGAAGACUCUUCGUCAGGGCAAGGCCAAGUUGGUUAUCAUUGCUGGUAACUGCCCUCCCCUUCGCAAGUCCGAGAUCGAGUACUAUGCUAUGUUGUCCAAGACCGGUGUCCACCACUACAACGGCAACAACAUUGACCUCGGUACCGCUUGCGGUAAGCUCUUCCGUACCAGCGUUCUCUCCAUUACCGAUGCCGGUGACUCCGAUAUCUUGAGCACCCAGUAAAUUGGACCGAAUCAAUUGACGGGUUCUUGAUCUUGUUCCUAUUGUUAGUUCAAUAAAGAAUAGGAUAGGAUUUGCUUCAUUCCAAAAUGCUGUGGCC